AGAGAGAGAGAGAGAGAGAGAGAGAGGCCACCAUGACAGCGCUUCUUGAUGCACAAGUGUUUUGACUCGCAGGGACUAUUCAUGUCAUCUUGAACGGGACCAACUCCAUCAGCCCUCCCUUAGGUCGUUUUGUGUGGAUAAAAAGCAAAGCCAGCUGACAUGGGGAAAGUGGAAGGGGGGAUGAAAUGCGUGAAAUAUCUUCUGUUUGUGUUCAACUUCAUAUUCUGGUUGAUGGGAUCCUUUGUUCUGGCAGUGGGACUGUGGUUACGUUUUGACCCGGAAACUGUGUCCCUGCUCAACGGUGAUAAGGCCCCAGACACAUACUUCAUUGGUGUGUAUAUCCUGAUAGGAGCUGGCAGUCUGGUGAUGCUGGUGGGUUUCUUUGGCUGCUGUGGAGCCGUUCGAGAAUCUCAAUGUCUGCUGGGUUCAUUCUUUGCCUGUCUAUUGAUCAUCUUUGGGGCUGAGAUGGCAGCCGGCGUGUUUGGUUUCUUGAACAAAGACAAGAUAAUCGAAGAUGUUCAAAACUUCUAUGCCACGACCUACAAUGAAAAUAACAACGGCACACUGAUCAUCUCGUACCAGAAAGUACUGAACUGUUGUGGGACACUCGGUAAGAACUGUCCAGAUCAAGAACCGGGAACAAAUGACUGUGAGACAGCUAUCAAGGAUUUCUUCAACAGUAAACUGUACAUCAUUGGCUACGUUGGCAUCGGCAUCGCUGGGGUCAUGAUCAUCGGGAUGAUUUUCAGCAUGGUGCUCUGCUGCGCAGUACGUAACAGUAGGGAGGUCAUCUGAAUGAGCCCGGCAGUGACCAGCCUUCACGCACACACAUUUCACAUAUGUCAUCUGCCGAGUGAUACUGGGAGCAUCUCAAGAUUCCAGCUGCUUCCAAUGGAUCUCCCUUUUAUAUUCUCUGUCUUUUAUUUCACAACAUGACUUGGCCCAUUCCAUCACAUGCAAUAAUCUAAACCCCUUCUUAACUUUCAGUUUGUCUUCCCCCGCGACAACCGCAAAUGAAUUUCAUCCCACAUACUUUCAGGAAGUUUGUUUCACAGCCAUUGACCGUAAACAUCUGUAAGGUCUCAGGAAGAGAAGCAGUAGGUUUCCAUUUUGGCAGGACAUGCUUAUUUUGUAUCUUUAUUGAUUCAAACAUAAGGCUGUAGAUAGCGACUAGCUUGGUUUGUCCAACAUGAUUAUGCUAUAUUGAAGCAAAUUUGACAUGAGGGAUACAUAAUUAGGUUAUUUCAUAUUGAAUCCUAUGUUUGAUGCGAAUUUUAGGCAUUGUUAUUUUGGGUAUAGCGUGAUUUUGUUUGAUCCUUAUAUCCUGUUUUAUUUUCUCCUGUAUGAUUAACCAAAUUAUUAUCUGGGUUUUUUGAAAUUAUUUUUAGACAGAGACUAAACUGUGUCUGCAAUACAAUUGAAACAUUUCUUAUAGACUAUUUAAAAAAAUAUAUGGUGAGAAUGACAUGAACUCAUUUGGUUGGAGAUUUAACCCAGUGCCAUAAAUAUCGAAUUAUUGCCAACCUUCUCUCUCAAUCUCUGUAAAAUCUGGACCGUCAAGCAAGUCCAAGAGUUCUCAAUCAUGUGACCUUGUGUUUCAGGCUAGACAAAAACAUAAGCCGGUUAAACUGAUAAAUUGCACAAGGGUUGAGAAAUCUACUCCUACAAGACUAGUAGAGGAUUUGCCUAUUUGUUUCCUCUGUGUUUUUCAAACAUUUUCAUGAUUGGUUCUUAUUCUGUUACUAUGCGCACAUUAUGUAAAUAUCCGACUGGUUUUGUUUUUUGUAGCUGUACACUUUUUGUGGCUGAUUCGGUCAUACUUGUAUAGGAAAUAAUCCAUAUGGCCAAAAAUCAGCCUUUACAAUGUGCCUUUUAUCAAUGACAAGCAACUUUAGUGACAACGUGCUGUCUGGAUGUAGAGUGUAGAUGUACAUACGAUUGUGAUAUUGGACUGCAUUUAAUUAACUCGUGUUUUCAACCAGUAGCACGUAUGAGUCAUUCGACUUUUGAUUGGUGUUGUGUAAGUUGUGUCGCUCAACUGUGUCUCCUUCGCCUCUUUGUCAGAGGAAAAUGUGUUUUAAAACGUUUCGAUUUUAUAAGUAAUCAAGCAAAGUGGGACAUACCUGAAUGUUACUUAUUAUUUUAGUAGCAACACGAGCGAUGGGAUGUGAUGAUUCAAGGCUUGUGUUACAAGAGUGACAUACUAUACGGACAAACGUAAUGGGUCAUGUGAUCAUGGAAGUGAAGAUGUAGUUGAUCGGCCCCUUUGUAGGGAACAUCAUUUUGGGCUUCUCAAGUCGACACAGUAGGUGUUUGAAGUUUAAUAAAGCGUCUAAAGUUUUAAA